GUCGGGGGUCAGGUUACAUCCUGUCCAGGUGAGGUCGGAGGGCAUGGCCUCUUUAUCGGGACAUCUGAGUGACUCGUCCAGCAGCAAAUUGGCUGUUGGCUCAACAAGAAGACGCCCCCCGGCAGCGUCUCCAUCUCGUCGUCUCCGAUUCGAAGAUGAGACAGAGACUGAGGCAGAGUCUCGUUACCUGGAGCGACAAAGAAGACGGGUGGGGCAUCGAGGGACAGGUGUCCUGCUCUCUAAACCAGACCUGAACCUGUACGUCAACGGCAGGGCAGGGAUGAAGGGGGUGCGGCCUGUUGUUGAGAGACAGCAGACAGAACUGAUGCCAGCAGGAAGGGUGGAUCAGUGUGACUCCUGUGGGACAGUUUUAGGAGGUGAAAUCAACCUGAACCUCCGUCUACAACCACGUAUACCUGAAGACUGGGGCCGGAGUCUAUACAAGCCCAGCCUCAACCUGUGGACUGAGCCAAUCAGAGAGACCUACAUCGGCUCCAUCACAGCUGGUGAGACCAGUGGUGGAGGGGGUGGGGAUCGAUGUGUCAUGAACAACCAGGUGAGGAAGAGGACCAAUCAGGUGGAACGUAAUGAAAACCAGGUGACCCCCCCUCAGGCCACGCCCAACACAGACCUGCCAAUCAACCCCUACGCCCCCAACCAGCUGACCACUCCUACUCAGCCCUCAGAUCUAAUCCCGCCCAUCUCCAAAUGCCCCUCCUUCUUGUCUCCUCCUGUGACAUCAGCAAUGAUGUCACAGAUCAGGCUCAAUGGUACAAAGGCAGGGAAGAACCUGAACCAGAACCAGGAGGAGUCCCACAGAGAGCUCCGAUCUCGGGCAGAGCUGAAGGAGAGGAGCCCCUGUGUGGUGGAACGAAGUCUGGAUCUCAGGACAAAGAACUCCUCCUCCUCACUGAGGACCUCAGAUUUAACAGCAGAGUGCCAAGCCCCACCCACACCAGACAGCAGCAGUGAUGGACAGAUCAUACAGCCAAUGACAGCAGAACUUCACAGUGAUGAUGCCUCACUUCCUAAACACUUCAGAAGAAAUCAAUCCUCUCGUCUUUCGCUGCGACAUCUUUUCUCCACCGUCAGACUGAGCAGGAGUCGGACCAGCAGCCUUGACCGCCUCAGCUCACGCCCUGACUCCUCAGCAUCUGACCCCUCUGAAUCUGACCCCGACCUCUUGUGUCGCAGGAAGUCCUCCGGUCUGCUGAAGAAAACCCUGUCUGUUCAGUCGCUCAGUGUGCAGGGGUCACCUUUCUUGCAGUUGAGAAAGUCACCAUCAGUUCAGAUUUUCGUGUCAGAACAGAAGAAGAAGAAGGAUCGUUCAGCUGACUACAGACCAGCUGCUGAGCAGUAA